AUGGCGACUGGAGCGCUGCGAUUUCGAACACCGUACAUCGAGGAGCUGCCUACAGGCACUGCAACGAGACAGGCACCUGGAUUUGCGUGGGUAGCCGUAAGCGGUCCAUCACAAGACCCAGCUAAGAAUUGGGGCACGACAAAUCGAAAGCGAGCAAGAACGACAGGCCAGCAGAAUGAAGCGCAGCGGGAAGCGCAGACUGCGAGGCAGCAGAGGGACAUCGAGCGCAAGAUACGCGAACUGAACAGUGACGGCCACAAUCGAGAAAUCGCCAUCCCAGCAUCGAAGAAGGAAGGCGGAGGGGCUGCAAGAGCGGGCAAAACGUCCAAUACAAAGAAGAUCUUGGCCAGCGGCAAGACAUUUGCGCAUUACUUAGACGAUGAAGAGGCAGAAAUUGCUCGCACGGGCAGACGGGAUGGUGAGGAUGUAGAGGCUCGGCCAAAGGAGCCACAGCGAGCGAGUAAGACUCCCAUCGCAAGACGAAAAGCACAACUCCAGCGCGAAGAAAGCAGCAUGAGCAGUAGUCCAGCUCCAAGCGGAACUUCUACCGCUAUACUCCCUCUGACCGCCAUUCCUCUACUGCCAGAUUUGAUGGAUCUAGACGCAGACGAUGACGAGCUCGAUCCGAUCGCAGCGCUGCCCUCUCAAGCCGAGAUGGAAGCACUUCUGAACGCUCCACCUCUCACAUACAAUCAGGCGCGAUCCGCUCCUCCGCCUGCAAAUGCGCCACCACCACGCAAGUUCUGCGAGAUCUGUGGAUACUGGGGGAGAGUGAGAUGUAUGAAGUGUGGAAACAUGACUUGCAGCGUGGUCUGCAAGGAUGCGCAUGACGAGCACAAAUGUCUCAAGUUCUAUGCUUAGCAAGCUGGGACGACCAGGCGUGGACGCUCGGGAUGAGAGUAUGAAAUUUACGAUGAUGUAUGAGCAUGGAGUUAUGGAUGAUGUUGAGAUGCCCCGAUGGCGAUCGGAAAGGGGUCAAGAGAUUGCGCAUAUUGGAACUGUGCUUCUUCUUCGCUCGCCUCAUCGCACAUCAGAUCUCCGAGGCGGAGGAUGCUUCCGACGUGCUACAAGCUGCUCUAUCGCUUGUCCUCGCCAAGCCUUCCGAAGGACGCAGCUUUUGCGAAGCCGU